AAUAAACACACAGUGAGACACAUUGUUCUGCUUCCUUCUUCCAUCCUCCAUUGUUCUGCACUGUGAUUUAUAAGAAUAAUAAAAAAAAUAAAAAUGAGAUUUGGAAAAUUCAACAGAUUUGUCGCGCAAUUCACUCGCCAAGGUGUUGCAGCCUCUGAUUUCAAGGCUGCUCCUUUAUUGCCGAACCUUCUUCAAAAACACGGACAAGCUGGAUCGGAAUCUGCGGGCUCAAAUUUUUUCAACGCACUAGCACUUUUUAGUGCGGGUGCUUCGGGAUUUUUGAGCUGUGCAACAAUAGCAUAUGCUGACGAGGCAGAGCAUGGUUUAGACUCUCCUAGCUAUCCAUGGCCCCACAAAGGCAUUCUUAAUUCAUACGACCAUGCUUCGAUUCGACGAGGUCACCAGGUGUACCAGCAAGUUUGUGCAUCGUGCCACUCAAUGUCACUUAUAUCUUAUCGAGAUCUCGUUGGAGUGGCUUACACAGAGGAAGAAACUAAAGCUAUGGCAGCAGAGAUUGAAGUGGUUGAUGGUCCUAACGACGAAGGUGAGAUGUUUAGUAGGCCAGGUAAGCUAAGCGACCGUUUUCCUCAGCCUUAUGCGAACGAACAAGCUGCAAGGUUUGCAAAUGGUGGGGCCUACCCUCCCGAUUUAAGUCUUAUCACCAAGGCCCGUCAUAAUGGUCAGAAUUAUGUUUUUGCUCUUCUAACUGGGUAUCGUGACCCUCCAGCUGGCGUCACGAUUAGAGACGGGCUUCACUAUAAUCCGUACUUCCCUGGUGGAGCAAUUGCCAUGCCUAAAAUGCUUAACGAUGGCGCUAUUGAGUAUGAAGACGGUACCCCUGCCACUGAAGCACAGAUGGGAAAAGAUAUUGUGUCAUUUUUGUCUUGGGCUGCUGAACCAGAAAUGGAAGAACGAAAGCUGAUGGGAUUUAAAUGGAUACUUGUAUUGUCUCUUGCGCUUCUCCAAGCGGGAUAUUACAGACGGCUGAGAUGGUCGGUUCUCAAAUCGCGUAAGUUGGUUCUUGAUGUAGUCAACUAAACUGAACCGAACCGAACCUCUGUAUUUUUAUUUUCUUUCGCCAUGGGUUUGAGAAGAGACGAAAGAUUGGUUAAUAAUAUGCACAUUAGCAUUUCGUAUUAGAUUAUGGAAUGUAGGCAUGUACAUUUUCAGAGCCUGCUCUAGUAGCUUUGGUUGUCUUCCGAGGGGAAAUAAAGUUGUACUCACAUUGAACUGAAUUUAUGAAUUUCGUUGAUUUCGAUCUGAAAAUUCUCAAUGUGGAAAUAAUUUUCUUUU